AUGGUGAAAUCCUCAUCAACAGGUACACCGAUUUCAUUAGCUACUUCUUCAUUUUCAAUCUUAUUUCAACCAACAAUAACAUCUGCCCGAAGAACAAAUAAAUCUACUCCAUCACCAACUUCAAGAAAAUCAACAUCGUCAAAUGAUUCAAUAUCCGAAUCUAGAUUGUUUGUAGAUGAAGAUUCAUCUGAUAAAAAUAAAGUUGAACUUGAUAAAAUAAAUAAUCUUGAAACUUGUAACAUAAAUAGUGUUGAAAAUGGCUUCGACGUUGAUAGUGAAAAUGAUGAUUCGUUGGAAAAACCUGCAAAAAAUAUUAAUGAUUCCGUAAAAGUUAAUGAUGAACAAUUCUAUUAUGAUGAAAUUGAAAUUGGAACGAUCACUUCUGAAACAACUACUUGUAUAAUCAAAGCAGAACAAAUAAUUGAAAAACGUGUCUUUUAUUUACAAUCAAAUGGUCGCGCAACGUUCAUUCGAUUUCCUAAUUUGGAGGAACAUUCUUGA